AGAAUCACACCAUGCGCAAAUGCGGUUCACGCGCUCACAUCAUGUGUUUACGUUCAUUUAUACAUAACCUUUCGAAUCUUCCGAGCACCGUGGAAAUGCAAAAACAUCUCAUUGUUAUCCACUUUGCUUCGGAGAUACUCGGCCCGUUAUCAUCCGGCCGAUGCCGAAUACAUAGGUCGUCGCCCUAAUCGCUCUCUCAUCGGUCUCGUCGAUCUCGUCUCUCGCGGACGCACUUGAAAAUUUGUUGGAUUUAGACAACGUCGACUGAUGCGCGCGUUAAACAGUGAAAUUAUUAGAAAAAUUUAGCAAUUUGGUAGGUGUUCAAUCUUUAAUCCGCCGUUAUGUAACAUCGGCUAUCGAACACAACAACUGACGUUUUCCAAAACUCUAAAAUUUCGUUGUGCGCAGUUUUCGGAGUAAUCGUGCAGAAUGUUGAUUUCGAGAUUAUUACGUGAGAUUAGCAGAAAGUGGUUUAACGUGCGGAAAACCACCAGGCAGAGCGUGCAGUCUGCCAGAGAAACGGUUUUCCGCGGUGGCGUAGUUGUCAUUAGCACUGUCUUCAUAAUCUGGCUAUCCAUAUUUCUUUACACGGUGUUCUACUACUCCUACAUGCCCAGCAUGUCGUACGUGCGCCCCGUACAUUUACAAUUCAAAUCAUGCGACGAGAAAAAAGGAAUUUGUAGCUUUCCACAAGCUCAUGUGCAGUUGACUAAAAAGCAGCAGCUCCUGAUGGUAGGGCAGCCAUACAAAGUAAACCUACAUCUAGAAAUGCCAGAAUCUCCAGCAAACAAAGAGCUCGGUAUGUUCAUGGUUUGCGCGCAACUGCGGAGCCGCGACGGAUAUCUCGUGGAUCAUACGUGCAAAUCAGCUAUGUUACAUUAUCGCAGCUCGCUAUUACACACACUUACAACUCUCACGUUUUCGCCUAUGAUGAUUUUUGGGAACGUUGAAGAGAAGCAAGACGUCGUUCUCGAAUUGUUUGGUAAUUUUGAAGAGGAUCAGAGUCAUCCAGUAACAAUUAUUUUUAUCGAGAUUCAAUCACGGCACAUAGAGUUCUAUUCUGCGAAUCUAAUGAUAAAUGCUCACUUAUCAGGAUUACGUUACUGGAUGUUUUACUGGCCAAUUCUAUCAGCCUGUGUUGGCAUUGGUACAAAUUUGUUUUUCAUAAUGCUCGUGUGCACGUUGUCAUAUAUACACUUUGGAACUGAGGAGGAGAACACGGAUGAUAAUUUUUGCUACGAAAAGGGCGAGACAGAGGAUGAUAAUGAUCUUAAGGGCGAUUUGUCAGACACAUCUCAGGAAGAUACAUUAUCCGUAACGGACCUCAAAAGUGAGGAGAAAAGCAUAGAGGAAGAAAAACUUGUUAAGGGAGAGCCGAGCUAUAUCCAGGAAAUUUCCACGCUAAUUGCUGAGUCAUCGAGCAGCGCUUUGGUUAAAUAAUUUAUUACGCUUAGAAACGUGAUUAGUCUGUGUAAUGUAAGAAUGAAUUUUACACCGGUUAGCUCUAAGUAAUUUAUAAUAAUCGAGAAAUGUUAAUAUAUAAGGGGAAAAAAAUUAUUAAAAUAAUAAAAUAUAUUUUCCUAUUUUCUACACACAUUAUAUUUGCAGUAUUUAAA